AAUUCAACAGUUACUUUCCACGGGAUGAGUGAGCUCGCCGAAUCAAAGCCAAAGUCUCAAAUGGUUGUUUUUCUUCUUUCUAAGAAGAACAAGCGCGUCGUGUUUUGAUUUAAUUAAAGAGGUCGUUGUUGGAGAGGUCUUCGAGUGUUUUUUUUUUUUUCUUACGCCACGAAUAGACAAGGAAAAAAAAAGAUCAUUUGCAGAACAAACUAACAGCCUGGCCCAAAGAUGGGCUUCUUCCAGCAAGUCAAGCUUCUUCUUUGGAAAAAUGGGCUGAAUAUAAUCCGAAAUCCAGUCUGGUCGGUGACUCUGAUCAUCUGGCCUCUGAUCAUCUUUAUUAUUGUUGCUGUGACCCGAGAUUAUUACCCACCACAGCUUCGUGAGCCAUGCUAUGUGUCACCCCGGAACCUGCCCAGCACCGGCUUUUUCCCAUUUUUGCAGACCGUCAUGUGCAACUCAGAUAGCAGAUGUCGCAACAUGUCACGUCUGGUGACCCCAUCAAAGUUGACAAAAAGAUCCACUCAUAAUACAAGGUCAUCGGCGACGGGUUCUCUCUUGGCAAAGAUGAUUCAAGGUGGUGACUUUUACACGUUCCCAAACGACUCCAGUCUGGACUUACCACUUUUCAACUUGAAAGAAAUAUUGAUGGCAGCUGAUCGAAAAAAACACAAUGGCACUGCCACCCACACCAACAAUUCAACGUUCAUUAGCAACCAGGACGCCGUGCACAAAAUGAUGGAAGCAAUAAACCUGCUGAAGCGGCCCAUCUGUGCCAUAAGUCUGACGGCCCUCAACGCAAGCUCACCCGGCCCCAUCAGCAAUGCAACAAUCAACUUUUGCAACUCAAACAGUACUGUCUUUGAGGUUUUUCUCCGGAUACUCAACCAGCUCCUCAAAGAAGAAAUGCUAACUCAACCCGACCAGCUGGCAAAGGUCUUCGGGGCUGUGAUGUUGGUGUUUGAAGAGAUGCAGAACGAGAGUUCCUUAUGGGAGAGCCUUCUAGCUAUUCCCGAGCUCUACUCUGCUGGAUCACUUGAACAAAUGUUGGACACCUCAGCGGUUCUUCUCACCAACAUACAGGGCAUUCAGCAUGUUAUCCAGAGCAAUUUCCCUGAAACUGCUGAGUCAAUCUUUGGACUGCACCCGUUAAUUGCUGGAGGCAUCGACAUUAUCCGCUAUGCUCAAAAGUGGCCUGGCAAUGACGUGUCCAUCUCCCUCGGAGACAUUGUAAUCCUGAACAAUGACUCAGUCAGUAUAAUGGCUGAACCGGUUUUACGAGCUAUCCGGAUACCACUUACCCAGGUUUUGUUUUUGACAUUAGAUGGAGACAUUCUGGAAGACUACAUUUGUGACAACAGUAGUAACCCCUUGUGGCUCACAGCCAUGUGCAUGUCUGGUGCAGUGGACAUGAUUCUAGACUACAUAAGUCCUGGCAAGGUCGCUCAGCAGGCUUUACUGGCUUGGAGUAAGCACGUCGCUUCCCAUGAUGUUUCAUUUUUCAAAGGGCUGCUCCACAAUCUCACAGGCAGCAACGGAGGUUCCAACAUCUCAAGACCCUGGCAUAAGAUAGAUACACAACCACGAAAAAUUGAGGAGGAGCUAUUUUUGACAGUCGGUGAAGUGUUGCUGAAGUUGAGUGAGAUUCAUCCUGACGUGGACAUGAUUGUUCAGCAGACCCUUGGCGUUGGCUUCAAGUCCAUGGAAAUAGCAAGUCUCUCAAUAGCUACCGUUGAAGAAAUGAUGGACAAUACCUUGAAAGAUUCUGCUCGACUCCAAAACAUUUAUCAAACCUUGCUUACAAAUCAAAGUGAAGCAAGUGUUUGGAUCAGCCAGAUCUUAAAUAGCGUCACUCAAGUCAUAAUGAAGAGUCUGGCAUCACCAAAUGUGACGUGUGAGGAUGCACUGGGACCCUUCCAGUGGCUGUUGUCUACUGAGACCAUUAAGUUUGAAGUGUGGAAAUCUAUUAUCUGCGAGAACUCCAUAACGCUUGAGAAUCUUCUCCUGGUGGAGUGGAUGCCACUGAUUGAAAAAGGAGAAGAGCUAUACAACGUUCUGAGGGAUGAAGAAAAAGACUUCAAUGUUACUCUUUCUAUGAUUCUCUCCGAGUGGCAUCGAUUGUAUAACAGCUCCCUGGAAUUCGGAGCGUUCCUGCACAGGUUGUCCUCAGAGCUGGGGCCGGAUUAUGCGUUAAAUUGGUUACCGGGAAACAGCUCGGAUAUUACGGAGACUCUUCUACAAAGUGUUUUUGUUUUCAUGGUCAAUUUGGGAGAAAAGAUUGAGAAGAGUCCACAGUGGCCUGAGAUGAAAAGCUACUUCAUUAUGGUUUCCUGGGUCUUUAACUACGUAAACUACGGGGCCACGAUUCAACCAGCAAACUGUUCUCUUGAUAUGGACACCCUCAAUAUUUAUUGUGAUGCCCAUUUGAGUUGGGAUACAUUUGUUGAAGGUCUCUUUGGGGUUAUAAUGUUGCCAAGCCAAGACCUCCUGGUUAAUUACCUCAAAGCGACUGUCACUCUAUUACAAAACGUGUAUGGAGACCUCGUUGAAAAUAUGACUGCUUCAUAUUUAACACAAGAAAUUAAAGGUGGAGAUGCCCUCUCAGCUUACCUGAUCAACUUAAUGAACAAACUGGACAAUUUUACUCGGACCGUCACCACACUCUCAGAUGAAAACAUCGUCGACCCCGAAGUCAUGGUUCCCAUCGUUAGCGAACUGUUUGAGUGCACAGGUCUGUCACCACUUCUGCCUCUGCUCUUCGGCAACGGCUCAGUCAAUGCCUCCAGCAUUAUUGAUGCAGCUGUGAAGCUCGGUCGAGGCAACCAGCACAUUUUUACCUUCAAUGAGACGGAUCCAACGAUGCCUGAACUGGAGUGGUUGAUAAUGCAGUUCCUUUCCUCGGAGGGGAACCUCACAAUGUCCCUCUCCUAUGUGAUGGGCAACACCCUGCUUACCUACUCCAACUACUUCGAUCGAGAGAAAGUUGUCCAUGUCCAAGACGCCUUAAAGCCGUUCACCAACCAAACCUCAUCAGGAAUUGUAGAGGGCAUUCUUAGUGCUAUGGAGCUUCUCAAGGAAGUGGUUGAUUCACCAAAUGGUGACCCAAGUAAUUUAAUUCUUUCAUACAUCCACCAACUUCAAGAAUGUAUUGCAUCCCUACUUAAACUGCGACGAAUCCAACAAACCUUGUUGCCAAACGGACAACUGACCACAGCUGAAGUUACUGACCUCCACCAAGUCUCCACUGACCUUAUCAACCUCCUCACCCCCGAGAGCCUUGACAACCUCACUCAGAUUGGCCCAGAAGCUGCCCUGGAUCUGGUGAUAGAAAGAAUUCUUCCUUUCUUACCACCAGAAUUCCAAGAGCCAGCUGAUUUAUACUAUCAAGAUUUCAAAGCAUUGCAGUACCACUUGUCUUUAUGCGCUUCAGAACAGAACUGUUCAUCUGGAAUUUCUGAAUUCUUCACAUUUCUGGACGAAAUCGUCAACUUGACGCUCUCGGCCGAUGCUAACGUCACCAUCAACAUAACCAACAAGUUUCUGGAGAGUGGGGAAUACUUAUAUGAAGACGUCACAUCCGCUUUCUUUUCACUCAUGUUGUCUCCGAAUGAUACUGUCUACGUCAACGCCUUCAAUCAGACACUUCAGUUCAUCCAACUGGUUAUAGCCAUGCCAAUUAUUACAAUCCCUCAUAUCCAGGAUGCUCUGAGACAGUCCAACCUUACCCUAGAAGAACUAAACUACAUCUCUCACCUUGCUGGAGCCGACAAUGUUAAUGAGCUGUCAGUAAAUAUAAUGGAGAUAGCCAAUGUUCCAAAAUGCUUUGAAUUACAGCACAACGCAUCCGUGACAGCCCAGUGUGUUAUGGGAUUAAUAGACAAGGCCAGCAAUUUCCUGGCAAACAUACCUGCUCUGCAGAAUCACACAACCAUCAUCUCCCUUGUCCCAUUAAUUGUCAAUAAAACCACAAGUGAGCUCAUUCAAGUCAAUUUUACCUCCAACGCACAAAUGCCCAUCAUACAUGUUCUUAAUGACACGCUGAACAAUAUUAAGAUGAACCUCCAGAUGAACAAUCUGAGUACUCCAGAGAUCCUGAAGGAAAUUCAAGUGAUGGAAGGUUUAUUGAAAGUAGCCGCUAACCCAGAACCCUUGAACCUCAUUCUCGAGGCCAUGUCGGUGCCAUACUCCGAGGAAGUCACCAUUGCGUACUUGCAAAUCAUGCAGUGGUAUUUGCAACGGUUGGAAAAUGUGACAAGCACCAGCUUUGUCUCAGAACUUCUUCACCCGUUCUAUCGUCUCACGCAAUUACAAGUGACCUUGCAAAUAGCCCACACGAAUUUAACUUUGUUUAUCAACAAUCAGGUUGACCACUUUCAGGACCCGGCGGACGGUGCGGACGUGAGAAAAAUCGGCCAAGCAACUGUUGCGAUUCUGCAGCAAAUUCUGAACUACAUAAUAGUCAACAUUCAAGUCCAGGAUGAGAAUUUUCAAAUUUUUAGCUCGGUUCCAUUCAUCAACUCAACCAUGCUACAUGAAAUUGAGCAACAAAUUCAACUUUACCUUGAGCUUAUCCAUGACUGGAUGGAGGAACCCAAUGUCACAGCAGUCUUCAACAGUAUGCUCCAUUGGGGAAACGCUUCCAUAAAUGCUUCCACACCUGUAAAAGACCUUCACCUCCUCUUACAGUCGAUGGUUAGCUAUCUCUCUGUAGAACAGCGGGCGUACCUCACCAUCAUCAGCAAUAUCACCCGGUCCUUGAGCAAAGCUAUUAUGGUGCUGGAGCAUCCAGGAGAGCUACAGUUUGACCACCUGUUUGCUGCCAUCAUGGAAGCAGUCCAAAGUUUCUUGCAAGUUCUGACCCAAGACACGGCCCCACUGUCACAGUCUGCGCAGGAAAACAUCCAGGAAAUUAUUCGCAAUACUGUGGUGCUCUUUGUCGAGCAGAACUUGACUUUUUCCACAUCACUCAACCUCACCCUGGACAUCCUCAAUAGAACAGAAAUGGCUGUUCAGCAGCUGGUGCCAGAAGAGUUUGCUGUCUACUUGCUACCUGUCCUCAAAGUAUUCACCAAUUAUUUUGAGACGAUCACCGUCGCUUCUGGACCAGACAACUGGAACAUCAUCAUUUUGAACCAAUUGAAGAUGAUUCGGAGCUUCCUGCCACCAAACAGCACAGCUCAGUACUAUGUUUCUGUGGCCAUCAACAUUACUAAUGUCAUCUUGGACUCAAGUCAAGGCAACGUCAGCUUAGAAAAUCAAAUAACACAAAUUCUGGAACCCAUCAUGGAAGCCGUCCAAAGUUUCUUGCAAAUUCUGACCCAAGACACGACCCUGCUGCCACAGUCUGCGCAGGAAAACAUUCAGGAAAUUAUUCACAAAACUGUGGUGCUCUUUGUCGAGCAGAACUUGACUUUUUCCACAUCACUCAACCUCACCCUGGACAUCCUCAAUAGAACAGAAAUGGCUGUUCAGCAGCUGGUACCGGAAGAGUUUGCUGUUUACAUGCUACCUGUCCUCAAAAUACUCACCAAUUAUUUUGAGACGAUCACCGUCGCUUCUGGACCAGACAACUGGAACAUCAUCAUUUUGAACCAAUUGAAGACGAUUCGGAGCUUCCUGCCACCAAACAGCACAGCUCAGUACUAUGUUUCUGUGGCCAUCAACAUUACUAAUGUCAUCUUGGACUCAAGCCAAGGCAACAGCAGCCUAGAAAAUCAAACGACACAAAUUCUGAUGGGGAUCUUUAACCAGAUAUGGCAGAUUUUUACAAAUGGACCAGGAUUGAAUAUGUCUCCAUCUGUGGAGACCUUAUCCCAUCUCGGUUCGGUGCUUCAACAGAUUUUGACUGGCCAGGCUGACCAAGAGACGUGGCACAUGCUUAAAAAGAUGUUGGGGAUUGUACUGACAACAAUCAGUGAAACGCAGCAAUGGGACAAUGUCACGGCCGUUAUCCCCUAUUUUGAAAAAAUCAUAGCAUGUAUGGUAAACACGCAGCGAGCACAGAAAAUGAUGCUCGUAAGCCUCGCAAAGCCUGUGUUGACCCUGAUGAGAGAAAUUGUACAAUCUGCAAAUGGAAGUUAUUUGAACUUAUCGGAGAUCUCGGAAAGAAUCCAGCCUGCCAUACAACAAACACUGCUGGCUGCUGAGCAGGCAAAUGGAACUUUGGAAUGCGAUGAAGCUGUGAAACCGUGGGAGCCCAUCAGGGUCGCAGCCAAUUUAAGCAAUGGCGUCAUUGAAAUGUGGUGCAACAUCAGUCUCCAGCCCGUUCUAGAGAUUUAUGCUGAUAGUCAUUAUAUCUGCCCCCACCUCAACACAAGUCACAUGGAUUCCGAAACAAUCACUGCUGGUGAUGCUGCUGCCCGGAUUGUCAAUGCUACAAAAUCUCUGUAUCAAGCCAGCAGAAACACAUCACACGUGAUGGAACAGAUCAUCAUGAAUGUCUCCAGCCAGUUCUCGGAGUUGCUUGGCCAGCCGUUAAGCCAUAGUGCUCAGCUUCACUGGUACAUGCAGCUCCAAAACAUGCAGCUGCAAAACAGUUUAUCCGCUGUUGAAGUGUUGUCGGAUGAAUUGCUUCAAGUGGCACCCAUGCUGGAGCCAUGCGUAGAUGCUUUGGAGGAAGCACUGAGACACAUUCUGAACAACUACCACCUCAAUUACGACACCAACUCAUCUGAGGUUGUCUUCACCGAGGCAGCGGCGAUAGUCCUCUCCUGUGCAAACAUCACCUUGAAUAAUAUCUUCUCAAUGGUGGAGGGUGACUUGUCUGGGUUCAGCGACGGCUCUUUCCUUGACAUGAUAAGUGAUGCCAUUGAAGCCAUGACCAAUAUGAAGGUAUUCGGGGAUGAGGCCAUGGUUUACCAAGGCCUGGGGCGAUUUCUGGCCUCCAAUGGCGCUAAAGCACUAAUGCAGAAGGUGGUUGAGCUGUCUUCAUUGUUAGCGACUUCAAACGAAUCUGGACUAGAUCUUCUGACCCAGACUCUGCCCAAGAUAUCCCAACUCUUUAGGGCUUUAUUGUCCACCCUGACGCAGAUGGGCGUGGACAUGCCGGAGAUCGUGGAUGUUUUUGAGGAGUUUGCUGAAAACAUUUUUGCUAUGCUGAGGCAGUUGUUAAGCAGUGGCCUUUUGGGACACCAUCCGCUUAGGGGUAGCCGACACAAACGAGAUGCCCCGAUGAUGCCACCGAUGAUGCCGCUGAUGGACAUUGCGAAUGACUUCCGAGACUUCCUGUCCAUUGACUACUUAGCAAUGUUCAGAUCCAUGGCGGUCCCUUCUCCAGAGGAAAUUAUGGAGACAGCUCACAUGUUCUUUUCCAAUCCCGAUUUGAAAACUAUCGUGAAGCAGUCCACAAGGAACAUGGCGUGGGCUUCGAAUGGCUCACACGACAAGACCAUCAAUGCCGCACUUGGGGUCCUCUCGUUUGCAACUCUCCCCAGUCACACUCUGAUGUCAUCAUUGGCUCUCUUGAGGGAUGCUGCUGAAAUGCUGCCGGAGAGCUUUCCAUUUUCUGCUCUUCUUAAAAAUAUGACCAGAGCGCUUGCCAAUGAAUCUCAAGGGAACUUGAUGGAUUUACAGCAGGUCUUCCGGACAGCUUCUCAUCUUUCCCAAACCAACAUGAGUGAUCCGCUUUUCGCAGAACAACUUGAUCAACUGAGAUCUCAGGUGUGCAGAGUGGAGACUACGAAGUUUGCCCGUAGCUUCUUGGAUGCUCUCUUCAUGGAACCUGGUCACCUCUGUUACACUCUCCUACCAGGCCUGCAGGUCUUGUUGGAGGGUGUGCUUGUCAACACCACAGAUCUGCAUGAUGCCAUCUUCCAGACAUUAGUUGGAGACCCCAGCACCUACAAUGAUGACAUAGAUUGGCCAUCUGUCCUCAGUCAAGGUUUUGGCUUUGAUAUCAGCAGGCUGAGUUCUCUCAAUAUCAACUUCACAUCUCAAGAGGACAUGACGUUUGGCGAGAUGCUACGGAAUAAAAGUGCUUUUGUCCAUGAUGUUCAGAAGCACUUGAAUGUCAAUCCCCAUGCUCUCCAGAUGCUCACGGAAACAGUGUUUCCCACCAACAAUUUACAGAUCCUUUCGUGGUUGAUGAAGCUGCGUCACUGCAAUUCCCCAAGACAUCUUACCAUCACAGAGCCAGAAACGGUUCUGUUCCAAACCUUCUGCUCCAUGUCCGGUGAAGACUGGUACACCUUCGCUGUGCUCAUGAGUCGCCACAUACGCAUGGAAAAGUUCCUCUUCCGAAUGGUGUUGUCAGAUGAACUUCAGAGCCUGUUGGGACUUAUGAUCCAGGUGGCCAGCAAUAUCAUCGGCAUGAUGGAUCAAAUCAUUCCCGCCAUUGAUCAGCUGCAAAGUUACAUACUUUCCAUGGAAGAACUCCAUCUGAUCGCCAACACUGAGUUUAGCGAAGUUACAAGGCGCUUGAGAUCCAGACUUUCCAACAAAGCCACAUUUGUCACAAUGACUCGUGCCAUGUGCAAAUACGGUAUCAUGCCUAUCUUUGGACUCGCCAAACUCUCUACCAAUAUCAACUCAUCAUCCCUUGACAGCAGCGAGAGGGAAAAGUUGAUUGACAGGUUCAAGAUUCCACAAAAUGCCACUCCGUACUGUAUGAACAUGUACCUAGACAUGGUCAACACCACAGGGGGCGCCAUUGCGUGGGCCUUCCUCAAACCAAUGCUGAUGGGAAAAAUCCUCUUCACACCAGACACACCAAUCACCAGGACAAUCAUGGAGAAGGCCAACACUACCCUGGAAGAGUUUAGUAACCUACAGAGGCACUCUGACGAUUGGAUCAAAGCCUCAAAGUACAUCGUGAAAUCGAGCGAAAUGUUGAGGCAGACUUUACCAUUGCUGAAGAAUUCCUUGGCCAAUGCCUUUGUGAGAAAUUUCAUUGAAGUGCAGACAGACAUCGAUGUCAUGAGAAUGAAGGAGACGCUCAACAAUUUUUCAAACAUGACAAUUCUGCUGGAGAAGAACAAACACAUAAUGGAUCAGAUCACCACCUUGUCCACCCUGAUGGUCAACAUAUCUUCUUGCAUCAAAUUUGAUCGUUACCAAGGUUACCAAUCCGCUGAACAGCUUGACGCUGAAGCUCAGGAACUCGCCAAGGACCGCAGUCUCUAUGGAAGUGUCAUUUUCAAGCUCCCCAAAGAGAACGACUCCUCUCCCCUGCCACCCAAAGUCAGCUAUACCAUCCGAAUGCAUCUGGACAACGUCAUGCGGACAGACCGAGUCCGCAGUCCUUACUUUGUGAAGGACCACCACAUAUCGUCGAGUAGAACCAUGCGCUACAACCGGGCCUUUGUGUACCUGCAGGAGAACAUUGAUCGGGCAAUCAUUGAGAUGCAAACUGGAAGAGUCACAGACACUGCUGUGCAACUCCAACCUUUCCCAUAUCCUUGCUAUCUUCGUGAUCAGUAUCUUGAGGCCAUCUCUUUAGUUUUUCCAAUUAUGCUGAUGUUAGCCUGGGUUCUGUUUGUGGCUGACUUUGUCAAGAAAUUGGUUCAUGAAAGAGAACUGGGGCUGCAUGAGUAUAUGAAGAUGAUGGGCGUAAACCCGCUCAGCCACUUCCUGGCCUGGUUCUUGGAGUGUGCUGCUCACCUGAUAGUCACCAUCAUCAUCCUCACAAUAAUUCUCAAGCAUGGCGGAAUUCUCUCGCAUAGUGACGGCUUCCUCCUCUUCUUGUACUUCUGCGACUACGGCUUGACAAUCCUGGCCUUCAGUUUCCUGAUAAGCUCCUUCUUCGACAAGACCUACAUUGCUGGUCUUAGCGGGAGCCUCAUUUACAUCAUCUGCUUCUUCCCAUUUAUUGUGGUCAUGGCGCUGGAGUCCAGUCUCAACAUCUUCCAGAAAAGUGCACUGAGUUUAUUUUCCCCAACCUGCUUCAGUUAUGCUAGUCAGUAUAUCGCUCUCUACGAAGCUCGAGAAGAAGGAAUUCAGUGGAGCAACUCAUAUUCCUCGCCCCUAUCAGGAGACACAGCCUCCUUCGGUUGGCUGUGCUGGAUGAUGCUCUUCGACUCACUCAUCUACUUCACUGCCGGAGUGUACAUCCGCAUGGUCUUUCCUGGCAAAUUUGGCAUCCCAGCUCCGUGGUACUUCCCCUUUACAGCCUCCUUUUGGGCUGACCUUUUCUGCUGUGUAAAGUCACAGAAGGGGGGCAGAGGACAUCUGUUCGCCAACACCAUGAAGAUAAACCUGCCCGUGUUCUCAGAUGACAAGAGGAAAGGCCAGAGCCAGCUUUUCUCCCAGACAGGCGAGGACUUCUCUCAUCUCCCUGUGGGUGUUAACCUUCACGGUCUCACGAAGAUCUACGGCGACCGGGUGGCCAUUCAAAACCUGAACCUUUCCUUCUACGAGGGCCACGUUACGUCGCUGCUCGGUCACAAUGGCGCUGGCAAGACGACUACCAUGUCUCUCCUCACAGGACUCUUCCCGCAGUCAUCUGGGAGUAUAGAAGUGUAUGGCCGAGACAUGCAAACCAACUUGAAUGACGUCCGCAAAGAUCUGGGUGUGUGCAUGCAAUAUGACGUUCUCUUUGAUCACAUGACCGCCAAGGAACAUCUCCUGCUCUACGGCCAAAUAAAAGCCCCGCAUUGGUCCGAGAGGGAAUUGCACGAGCAAGUUCGAACGACCUUGGAGGAGACAGACAUGUACGCACACAGACACAAGCGUGUGGGCGCGCUGUCAGGCGGCAUGAAACGCAAAUUGUCCAUCUCCAUUGCGUUCAUCGGCGGCUCUCGUUUGGUGGUGCUGGAUGAACCCACAACGGGCGUUGAUCCGUGUUCCAGGCGAAGCAUCUGGGACAUUGUUAUCCAAAAUAAAAAGCGACACACUAUCAUUAUGUCCACCCACCACCUGGAUGAAGCUGAAAUGCUGAGUGACCGCAUUGCUUUCCUGGAGCGAGGCGGGUUAAAAUGCUGUGGCUCCCCUUUCUAUCUGAAAGACAAGCUGGGCCAGGGCUACAAACUCACUCUCACCAAAAAGGUGCAGAUUGACGAGUCCGAGAGAUUUGACGACGCCGAAAUGAAGGCCUUUAUUCACGCACAUGUACCGGAAGCAAGGCUAAAAGAGGCCCAGGGGAAUGACUUGAUCUAUUCCUUGCCCCCGUUCACUUCGACCACUGCCUCCUCAUAUAGCUCUCUUUUGUCGGCCCUGGACAUCAACCUGGAUGACCUCCAGCUGGGAGGCUACGGUAUCUCUGAUACCACCCUAGAAGAGGUAUUCCUCCAGUUGACGGAGGAAAACAUAGAAAGUGCGUCUAAGGAGGACAGACCCUUUUCUAUCUCAGACACAGUUUCAGACACGAGCUCCAUUGAUAGUUUCCCUGCAGAUCCAACUGACAUAUUUUCCACUUCUGACAAAACUAACUUGACUCACAGUUCAAGGAGAGCGCGAGGCAUAGUUCUGGCCUGGCAGCAAAUUAAAGCCAUUCUGAUCAAGAGGUUCCAUCACAGCCGCCGAGACUACAAAGGCCUGUUGUCAAAGAUCCUGCUUCCUGUUUUGUUUGUGACAUUGGCCAUGGGCUUGGGAUCUAUCAAGAAUGAUCUGGGGCACUAUCCUGAGUUGGAGCUUAGCCCCGCACUCUACAACCUUAAACCAAGUUACUCUUUUUUCAGUAACCAGAACAGUAAAUCCAGCCGGCUGGUGGACACAAUGAUGUCAUACCCAGGAAUGGAUAACAGCUGCCUUGACCAUGCUAACAACCAGGAUUGCAAAAGCCAAACUCAUAGCUGGAAUGAUGGAAGGAACGCCUCCAACUCAUUUCGUGACUGCAAAUGUACCAAUGAGGGUCAGGUUUGUGAUGGUGAAAGAUUCAAUUCAGCCAGUCGGCAGAUCCCAUCUUCGCAGAUCGUUUACAACCUAAGUGGAAUCAAUGUAGAGAAUUACCUGUUGAGCACGGCCAAUGGUUUCAUUAGGAACAGGUACGGUGGAUUUGAAUUUGGUAUGCCGUUCCCACGGGACCUGCAAAAUGAUAUUCGAGCCAUGUCUGAUAACGCCACGUUAUCUAAGGUUUGGUUCAACCCUGAGGGCUACCACACAAUUCCAGCAUAUUUAAACAGCCUCAACAAUGUCAUCCUACGCUCCAAACUUCCAGCAGAUAAGGAUCCAAAGAAAUAUGCCAUUUCAGUGUCCAGUCAUCCAUACUUUGGUCGAGCAGAUGAAGACGACUCAAUCACUCUAGGAAUGCUCCAGAUCCUUGUGGCUUUAUGUGUGAUCACGGGUUAUUCCAUCACCACAGCCAGUUUCGCCAUCUACGUCGUCAAAGAGCAUCACAGCGGUUCCAAGAGGCUGCAACACAUUGCAGGCAUCAAUGAGCCUUUCUACUGGACCAUUAACUUCCUUUAUGACAUGAUCAUCUAUCUGAUUCCCGUCACUUUGACCAUCGUGGUGAUUGCGGCCUUCCAAGUUCCAGCAUUCACGGACCGACAAAAUUUAGAUGCCGUCGCGCUACUUCUAGUGCUCUUUGGGUUUGCCACCUUCCCCUGGAUGUAUCUCUUGUCAGGCGUCUUCAAGGAUGCCGAGACGGCCUUCAUCAUCUACGUCUGCAUUAACCUUUUCAUCAGCAUCAAUACCAUCAUGUCCACAUCCAUUGUUUUCUUUCUGGCGCAAAGCACAACAAACACUGUAGAGAAAGAAAACAUCCAGAAUAUCUUCACAACAUUGAGCGACGCCUUCCUCAUUUUCCCUCAAUUCAACUUUGGAAACGGAUUGAUGAAGCUGGCCAGGAUGAACGUGGAGGUCCAGCUCCUUAGCGGCUAUGCCAUCGAUGCUUACAAGAACCCAUUCUCCACAGAAGCUCUUGGCUGGAUGUUCAUCUCCUCCAUCAUCCAAGGCUCGGUCUUCUUUGCAUUGCGCCUCUUGCUUAACACAUUCCUCAUGCGCAAUGUCAGGCAUUUGAUUUUAGGCCGUAAAAAGGUGUCGCAGAUGGUUGAAGAUGAAGAUGAAGAUGUUGCAGCUGAGCGCCUGCGGGUUUCCAGUGGAGCAGCAGGUGCAGACAUCCUACAAGUCAACCAGCUCACCAAAAUAUAUCAGAAUCUCAACAAGAAGAGCUAUGCAGUCAAGAGGCUGUCUGUGGGAAUUCCCGCAGGAGAGUGCUUCGGUCUGCUCGGAGUGAACGGAGCAGGAAAAACAACCACUUUCAAGAUGCUCACGGGAGAUGUGAGCCCAACUGACGGCACGGCGCAGAUCAGGGACUGGGAUGGGCGGCUGGUAGACAUUAUGGAGUGUCGGCGCAAGGGAAUUAACAUCGGCUACUGUCCCCAGGUGGAUGCGCUGGAUAAUCUGCUCACUGGAGAAGAGCAUUUGUAUUUUUACGCUCGUAUUCAAGGCAUCUCAAAGAGACAGAUAGACAGGGUGGUGAACUACCUAUUAAAACGGUUGGAGCUGAACUACCAUCGAAACAUAAUCACCGACGGCUAUAGUUGUGGCACGCGAAGGAAGCUGUCGACCGCUAUCGCCCUCAUAGGACAUCCGCAGAUCCUGCUCCUGGAUGAGCCAAGCUCCGGUAUGGACCCUCGCACCAAACGACACCUGUGGAAAAUUAUCUCUGAAGAGGUGAAAGGAAAAUCUGCUGUGGUCCUCACUUCCCACAGCAUGGAGGAAUGUGAGGCACUGUGUAGCCGCCUGGCUAUUAUGGUGAAAGGUCAGUUCCGCUGCCUGGGCUCCAUGCAGCACAUUAAGAACAGGUUUGGCCGUGGGUUCACUGUAAAAAUGUACUUGGCCGAGUCCGCCGGGGAUGUAGAGGCAAUCACAGUUUUCAUGCAGAGACGUUUUCCCAGCACUUAUCUGAAGGACCAGCACUCCUCCAUGGCGGAGUAUCACAUUCCUGUCGCGCCAGGAGGGGUGGCUGACAUCUUCCAACAUUUGGAACGCAACAAGACUUCGCUGAAAAUCAAGCACUUCUCUGUGAGCCAGACCACCUUGGAUGAGGUCUUCAUCAACUUUGCCAUGGGAAAUUUCCACAUGAAAUCCAUCUCAACUCACAGCAAUGGAGAAAAAGAAGUCGAGACAUAGUGUUGACAUAGUGCUGACUACUAUUUCCGCAGCGAAAUGAGGACAUUAUCUCCUUGUACUGCAUCCGUCCGUCUAGAUACUUUGAGACUGCACUAUUAGACUGUCAAUCAUGUUUAACUCUCCUAAGCUUCAGCGUGAAGAGGGACUAUUAUAUCGAGGUCGAACAAAUUCUAUUGACAAUGUCCUUCUUCAGCACAUUUACAUACCUCCACAAAUGAAUAUUUAUUGAUACAUGUUUUAACCAUACUUGAAAAGUCACCCAAAACUCAAAAUCUUUACAUGUUUUUAAAUAGAGAUUAUCGUCACAAAAUAACUAUAUUGUUAUUGUGCACAUCUUCAUCUUGAUAAAUGUCUUACUGCAAGAAUGAUUUGAAUUUAUUCUGUGGUUAUGGGCCAUUUAAUGACGGUCUUGAAUGUAUUCAGCCAUAUAAUUUUUCCGUGAUUAAAUAAAAGCACUUUCAAAUGCAGUUACUUUGAUGCUACCAGUGUAGACAAUCCUUUAGAUUUGUUUAUGGCCAAACCUGUAUAUCUUUGGCUGUAGGAUGUAUUUUGCUAGAUGAUUUUUGCACAGAUGAGGUACUUUGUCUCACUAUAAGGCUGAUCAAGUUUAAUAAACAACAAUGAAGCCAUA